CUAUUAAGAAUCCAGUUUAGAGUCGCAAGACCCAAGCAUGGCGGCCACCGGGUGCCUGCGCUGGAGCCUGAACCGAGCCGGAGUCUGGCUGCUCCCACCGCCCACACGGUGCCCACGCCGGGCGCUGCACAAGCAGAAAGAUGGCACUGAGUUCAAGAGCAUCUACAGCCUGGACAAGCUCUACCCCGAAUCUCAGGGCUCGGACACCGCUUGGAGGGUCCCGGAUGGUGCAAAGCAAGCCGACAGUGACAUCCCUCUAAAUCGCUUGACAAUAUCUUAUUGUCGGAGUAGUGGUCCUGGGGGGCAGAAUGUGAACAAAGUGAAUUCCAAGGCGGAAGUCAGGUUCCAUUUGGCAACUGCCGACUGGAUCGCAGAGCCUGUGCGGCAGAAGAUAGCCAUCAUGCAUAAAAACAAGAUCAACAGGUUAGGAGAGUUGAUCCUCACCUCUGAGAGCAGCCGCUAUCAGUUCCGGAAUCUGGCAGACUGCCUGCAGAAAAUUCGAGACAUGAUCGCUGAGGCCAGCGAGACACCCAAGGAGCCAACAAAAGAAGAUGUUAAACUUCAGAGAAUCAGGAUAGAAAACAUGAAUCGGGAAAGGCUGAGACAAAAGAGAAUUCAUUCUGCUGUAAAGACAAGCAGGAGAGUUGACAUGGACUGAAAUCACCCUCUGCAGCUGGGAGGGCUCGUCUGGGUGUCAGGGCAGCUGCAGCUGAGAGGCCUUUCACACCAUAAGGAGAUUUCCUUUUUUCUUUUUGGCUGUUAAUGCUUGUCUAUAACAUUGGAGCCAUCACAAGAACGUUCAUUUGGAAUGAAGGUUACAGGCACUGGUUGCAAAAGUCUUUAUAGGCAGUCACCAUAUUGUCAAACCUUAAUAAUGCAUCUAAUGUGUUAGCCACAAUAAAAUUCAAAACU